AUGGAUACCGCCGAUCAUUUAUGCUCCGGACUGCGAUUGUCCGCCGACCAAGCAGUUGUGCAGGCGUUAAAAUCUUUAUUCCCGACCAAAACUACUGCUGCCGCCGUUUCCCCUCCAUCUAACAACAACAGGGCUUCUGCCAUGACGGCCUCUGUCGGCAGCCUGGACCUCUUUGCCAACCAUUCACCGAUUCCAGAGCCCAUCAGUCAAACUGUUGCCGCAACGCAGGGAGGCCAUCGCGAUACAGCUUGGGCCCUGCUUCCGCCAUCCUCGAAGGCUUCCGUCCUCAGCGCCAACGUCGAAGCUGACCGAAAAGUACUCCGUUCCGCGCUGCAUAGGCGAUCCGGCAAGCCUGACGGCCGAUUCCGCCAAAAGUCACCGCCAGCCCCGUCCGACGUGUCCACUGUGGCUGGAUCCUACUUCGCUCCCGGCGCCUUCAGACGCGGACUGGCAAACCGGCCCAGCAGCCAAAGCGAGGACAAGAGGCAAGUCGCACGUCUCUCCGUCGACGACGGCCUUGCCAACGAGUGCAGAGACAAUCCUAACAACACCAAUGGCAGAUGGCCCCUCUUCAGACAGGACAUCAGCUCUUUGUCGCUGAUAAACAUUUGUCCCAUUUGCAACGCCUGCCUGCCCGGGUUGGCAGAGUUCGUGGAGCACAUGUCUUCCAGACAUCAUCAACCGACCCAAUCGAGGCCGGAAGUCAACCCUCCUCCGCGAUACCCGUUCGAGGUAGCCACGGAGAAGGCUGAAUCGCGAAUCCCGGUUGCUCGGUUUGAAAGGCGGCUGGGAAGCUUUGAUGGUACAGGACAGACGAACGGGGAGUCUGGACACCGACAGUUGCCAGGCGUGAAGCAUAGACGACUGGAGAGAGAGGAGCAUCACGGCAAAUCGAGUCAAACUGGAGCGCAACUCGACUUGAGAAGAGACGCCCGGCCACUCAAGUUGGGCUCAGAUGCUGCGAGAGACAGAGUUUGCCAUGAAUUGACCAGCAGAAAAGGGGCCGAUAGUGGCGCAGCAAAGCCUCAGAUGCGGGCAAAAAGCGAUGAAAGAGCUGGUGAAAAGGAACAAGCAGAAGGGAGGGCAGCUCAUCCGCAUGCUUCACUGGUACAGUUUAAGUCUAUCAUUUCAUGCGGCAAAAAUAUGGACGAAUUAGACGUAAAGCCAUGCAAUAGGAAGACGCAAAAAGAGGGGAAAGAAAAGAAGGAAACAGACAACUUAAAAAGGAGACUUGCUAAGGCAGGAGAGCAUGAGACGGAGGAGGACAAAGAAAGUAAUGGUCCUAUUGAGAAAAAGUAUUGUCAUUCGCGAAAGCAGCAGAGCUCAGGGAAAUCAAGAAGCAAGUUAUUCGAGUGCCUCCUCUGCAAAGAAUACAGCAAGUUUUUUAGUCGUGCUGACCUGAGGGUGAGUUAUUUGCUCCAGCUUCAUUAUUACUUUCAUACUUUUCUGCUUAAAAGGGAUUAUUUUUUAUUCUGA